AUGUCGAAAGACCAGAUCUCAGUAGCUUUCGUUUGCUUGGGAAAUAUAUGUCGUUCUCCCAUGGCGGAGGCCGUUUUUACUCACACAGUUAAAGAAAAAGGCCUCGAAAAUCGUUUCUCCAAUAUUGAUUCUUUCGGCACUGGAGGCUGGCAUAAGGGGGAAAAUCCAGAUCCCCGUUCUGCUGCUACUUGUCGGAAACAUGGAGUACCCGUAGACCACAAAGCCCAACAAAUAAGAGGUCACCAUUUUGACGAUUUUGACUUCAUCAUUUGUAUGGAUGAUAUGAACUUAAGGAACUUGAAGAGAUUAAAACCUAGCGACUCUAAAGCUCAGAUUUACACGUUCGGGCACUGGAAUGCGAACGGUAAAUUUAGAGAAAUUGUUGACGAUCCUUACUAUGGUGGUGAUGACGGAUUUGAGUACAAUUUCAAACAGAUUCAAUAUUUCAGUGAGCAAUUUCUCGAACAACAACUUUGA